AUGGAUGACGAAAAGUGUUGCCAACAUGAAUCAAUCACGUUUCGGUUGUUUAACAAAUUUCAAAUCAAAGCAAAAAUGGGUUGUUUUAAACCAUUGAGAAGAAUUUCAAAUUAUUAUUUUUCAAUUGAAAUGAUUGCGCCUGUAAUACUUCAACCUAUGUUGAUUGGAUUAAUAACAAAUUUAAUGCCGAAUGAUGUUAAAUACAUAGCAUUGUAUUUAAGUAUUGUUUUAGCUAUAAUAAUAAAAAUAUCUGCGGAUAAUUUGAGUCCUUAUUUUCUCCAUUAUUGGACAGUUACAUCGAUAACAUAUAUCAUAAUCGUAUUCGAGUUUACGAUAGUUCCGCUGGCAGAAAUAUUGCCUGAAGAAAAUUUUUUUUUAGUUUUAUUCACUAGUAAAUCAGUCAAGGGUGAUGAUGUUGAAAAAUUAAAUGUUUAUUCGAAUGGAAACGGUGUGGGAAGCAUGUGUCAGACGUGUAAAAUAAAAUUAGAAUUUAAAAAUUAUCAUUGCGGCAUUUGUAAAGAAUGCAUAUUUAAUUAUAAUCAUCAUUGUUAUUGGUUAAAUUGUUGCAUUGGAGAAUCAAAUUAUCAUUAUUAUUUUGCCGGUAUUUUUUUUGGAGUUUUUGCAAUGAGUUAUGCGUCUUUGUUAAUUUUAACAACGAUUUGCAGUCCCGAUUAUUAUUUUGGAAUAUUAUUACCUGAAAAUUGUACAGAUGUUUGUGGUGCUAUUGAACCAUGUGCCUGUGUUGUGAGCGGUGUCUACUGCUUAUUAAUAGCAAGGGAAAAUGUGGGGGGGAUUCGAUGA